AUGAAUAAUGAUUAUACAAACAACAAUGAAAAUUUAAACGGGAUAAAUCUUCAAUUUACCUUAUUUCAAUUAUAGAUAUAUGCAUCAGAAUUGGAUUAAUUUUUUUUUAUUGAUAAUCCAGCAUUUAAUAGAAUAGCUGAAUUUGAUGCAAGAGGCAUGGCAAUAAUAGCAGAGAUGAGAUAACCUCGUAGAAGAGAAAGACAUUCACCUAGCUAAAAAUUAAACCUUUAAAAAUAUUAUUAAAAGAGCACGGAGCCAAUAUAAAAUGAUCAUUGGGAUUAAGAAUAACCACACAUCAAAGUUACUUCAUUAAGAAAUACAAAUGUUAAUAAUGAAUAUAUUAUUAACGAAUUUGGACUUAUUGGUUCUUAAAAAAAUACUAAUUCUAAAGAUAUUUUAAUAGGAAGAUCUCAUCGAAACUAAAAUCCAGAUCUCAUUCCUAAUGAUAUAAUAUUACCAGAUGAUCGUGCAAUCUCAAGGAUUCAUUGUAAAAUAGUUUGUAAAGAUUACUUCAGAAAAAAUUAAAUUUUAGAGAGAAAAUAUAAAUUAGCUCUGAAAUACAUUAAUUUAUCAAGAUGUAUCAAGCAUAAAAUAAGUUAAUUUUUAGAGGAACCAAAAAAUGCUUACAUUUAAGAUUUAGGAAGUAUAUUUGGAACUUAUCUGAGAGUAUUCAGAUAGGAGCCAUAUUUAUUAUCUUAUGACAAUAAAUUUAGUAUAGGGAGUGAAACUUAUUUUAACAUUGUUUUGAAUGAGACAUAUAAAAUAAAUUCAAAAGAGAUAGAUUAAUAAUUUUACAAAACUUUGAAGGCUUUGUCUUGUUUGAAAUUGUUAUAAAAACACGAAAUCCAUUUAGGAGAUAAAUAAAAACAAUUAGAAUUUCAGCAAUUAGAAGAGGAUGUAACGAAUAUGGGGUUUAAAGACCUUUAUAAUAUUUUAAAAGAAUAUAAUGUUCCAAUUUUAGGAAUUAAAUUUUCUGGUUAAGGAUUUGAUUCAAAUAAGCAAUAAUAUAUUCUUGUUGGGAAAUCUAAUUAGGAUAGUGAUGAAUUCAGCAUAGGAAGAGGAGCGGAUAAUACGAUAAAGAUCAACUCAAACACCAUUUCUAGAAAAUAAUGCAGGAUUAAAUAUUCAGCUUAAUAUCAAUCUUGGGUGAUUUCGGAUGGACUAUAAGAUAGAGAUUCAGCCAAUGGAACUUGGGUGAGCCUUUAAACAGUUGAGUAAUCAGAAAGGAAGAAGGAAUCAAAUUAAAUUUUAUUGAAAAAUAAUUCAGAAAUAAAAAUAGGGGAUUUCUUCUUAAGAGUGGAAUUAGUUAAAGGUAGGAACUCCAAUUUUAGAAAUUAAAUUAAAGAAUGCUGUCUCUUUGAUUGA